UCUCCUCCCCCUCCCCGCCUCUCUGGUCCCUCCCCGCCUCUCCUCCUCCUCCUCCUCCUCCAUUGUAUAAUGCUUCGUGACCGCCGCAGCCCGAGCAAAGCGGAGGCUUAAAUCCUUCCCGAGCUGCAUUCGCUCCCCGCCCCCACUCCUCCUCCUGCCCCCCCCCGCCAGCCCCCCACCCGCGGGCGAGGAGAGCGACAUAUGGAGCUGGGGGAAGAUUAGGAGGAGCGCGCAGGAGCAGCCCCUGAUGCUUCUCAGCUCUCAGGAGGAACUGCAUGUGAGAGAUGUGCAGGGAAAAGAGGUCGGCUGAGUUACUUUUCUUCCUUGGAAACGGUUGAGGGUCCAAAUGUGCAGACGGAUCGGAGGUUCCCGUGUUGCUUUGAGCAGAUAUAUGUUGGGGAAAGGAGGAAAGCGGAAGUUUGAUGAGCAUGAAGAUGGGCUGGAAGGCAAAGUGGUGUCUCCUACUGAUGGUCCAUCGAAGGUGUCUUACACCUUACAGCGCCAGACUAUCUUCAACAUUUCCCUUAUGAAACUUUAUAACCACAGGCCAUUAACAGAGCCAAGCUUGCAAAAGACAGUUUUAAUUAACAACAUGUUGAGGCGAAUCCAGGAGGAACUCAAACAGGAAGGCAGCUUGAGGCCUGUGUUCAUCACCCCUUCACAGCCUCCAGAUCCUCUUGGAGAAAACUUCCGGGAGGUUCAGCCUGCCUUUAGCCAUCUGGCCUCCCCGCCAGUCCACCCCACUGACUCAGCAAGCACUACUACGCCACUGGAGUCUUGCCUCACCCCUGCCUCUCUGCUUGAGGAUGACACUUUUUGCACUUCCCAGGCUAUCCUACAAGAUGGUCCUAUAAAACUACCACCUCCAACUAUCCAACCAGUAAAGGACAGUUUCUCCUCGGCCUUGGAUGAAAUUGAGGAGCUCUGUCCAACACCUACCUCCGCUGAGGCAGUAGCAGCUACAGCAACAGAAAUGACGGCGUCUGAUAACUCUAAAGAGAAUUCCAGUGAAUCCAGCAUUCAGAAGUCCGAGGGAGUCCAGGAGAACAGAAUAAACGAACCUAAACUAAUGGACUCUUUACCUGGCAAUUUUGAGAUCACAACAUCUACAGGUUUUCUUACAGACUUGACCUUGGAUGAUAUUCUCUUUGCUGACAUUGAUACUUCUAUGUAUGAUUUUGACCCUUGCACAUCUACUACGGGGGCUGCCUCAAAAAUGGCUCCUGUCUCUGCAGAUGACCUCCUAAAAACUCUGGCUCCCUACAGCACCCAGCCAGUAACCCCCAAUCAGCCUUUCAAAAUGGACCUAACAGAACUGGAUCAUAUAAUGGAGGUGCUUGUUGGGUCUUAAAAUAUAGCAACUUUUUACAAAAAUAUGUUCCAGUAUAAACACUUGGUAGUAUUUUCACAACCUUCUCCCUUCUUACAAAUCUACGCAGACAGACAGACAGACAGACAGACAGACACACACACACACACACACACACCACUUUGCAUGCAUCUUUGCUUGUCUUUUUCUAAAAAGGAUCACACUAGUUUUUGCUUCAAGCAGAGUUGGAGUGCCUUCAUCCAUGUAUGACCACUUUUAAUGUAUUUUUGAAAGUGGUUCCUCAAGGGAGACCUGAAAUCCUGAUAUGGGGGGAUGCAUAUUGUAAACAAUAUUAAUAUGUUUGAGAAAAAAAUGAAUUGUAAAAGCUAAGCACAAGGAUUAUGUUGGGGAAAAGCUGUAAAUUGCAUGUGCAUAUUUGUCUAUUUUUUCUAUAAGUUUUACUGCAAGAGGUGAAAAUAUUAUUUAGAUAAUCGCUGUAACUUUUUGGCAUUUUAGCCCUGUCUAGGUUGACAUAGCAAUUCAGCCUUUUUAGAGGUAUUAACUAUUCCUCUUUAAAUGUUGCAUUUACAUGGCUCUUAAAAGAAAAAUACCUGCUACCCAAAUUUAUUUUAUAUUUUUGUACAGAUUCUGCAAUUUAUGAUAUUGGGGUCUUUUCUUAAAAAAAAGGAAAAAACAAAAUCAAAAAACAAAAAGCUGUUUAUACUCACACACAAAAAAGGAAAUAGCUAUUUUGGUAGGAUUUGCUCACCCAGUUCCUGCAUACACCUUCUGAUGUAUAAGAACUGCUUGUAGUUUUAUACAGACUUGUAGUGUUUUAUAUGUGUAUAAUGGUGCAAAGAGAAAUUUGGAUCAAAUCAUUCUAAAGUUGGCCUCCCUGAAUCUAGACACACAUGCUUGAAGGAAAAGGCCAAGGGCUCUUCCCUUUUAAAGUUUCACAAAUAUUUGCUCCCUACCGCGUACUACUGUGAUUUUAACAAAAACCUUAGAGCCAUGUCUAUUCCAACACUGAUGUCAAACAGUUGGCAGGAAAUAGCUGUGAAACUUCAUUCUGAUUAAAUUCCCUCUUCCUCCCUCCCUGCCCCUCCCUAAAACGAUCAAGAAUGUUUUUUUAAAAAUCAUGAAAUGAAGCAUUUAAAAAAAAUUAAAAUACUAAAACCUGACCUCAACCACAUUCUUAACAGAAAAUUAAGCAUCCUUAAGCUCAUUUGCUUGGGAAAGGCCCGUUAUUCGAGCUGGUCACGGAGCAAAAAUUUAGGAUCCAAAUUAAUGGCCUUCUGUGUGCUUAACUCUCUGUUGGAUUGCAGCCAUUGUAUUUGCAUCUAGUCUUAGAAUGUCAUGACUUAGUAAGUUGUAAUUAUUUUUAAAUGGAACCAUAUUACAACAAUGUGUCUAGCCUUUUUUUUUAAAAAAAAUUUUUUUUUGGCUGCAUAAACUGGCUGUGCUUACUUUGAAAGUAAGUUACAUUGAAGUCAGUGAAGCUUUCUUCCAUGGAAAUGUGUUUUGGGGUCUUGGGAGGAGGAAAUGUUCCCCUCCGAUGGUGUAACGCGAAUAUACUGUAUUCCUUUGAAUUAGUCUUACCUUUCGCCUUUUCUUAGAACAUACUCACUGUGUUAACAAGUGCUGGGGAAAAAAGAAAGAAACUUCAGUAUUACUGCAGUGAAAUCAUCUCUUAUCAGCACUGGACUCACUCAAAUAUCCACUGCUGUCAGAACUGGAGCCUGUCCCAUGGCGAACUCUUGGUGUCUUCUCUAGGGUUAGUUUCUUGAACUGACUGUGUUAUUUUGAAUCGACAACUGCAGCUCUCUAUGCAUGUCUCCCUUCCAACUGCAGUCUUCUCAUUACAGCUACUGUUGCAAUUCC